UUUAUUUUCUCACAGACAUGUAACCAGUAUAAGAAGAAGACGUUCACUAGUCUAGAAUCACCACGGUGUGCGCGCGCACACAAAAACAUAAACAAGGCAGCAAGCGCAUGAAGUACAGUAACAGUCCAGCAGACAGGCGGACGCAGACUGAUUUAUUGACUGCUGUUCUUUAGACAACAUGUCAAAUGUCCUGUAAUGUGUAAAUCGUUUGCUAAAUGAAUACAUGUUAAUAUAAUGUUUGAUUGGCUGGACGUGGGUGUGUGUCAGCGCCAUAAGAGCAAAAGUGAGGGAGUGACGGUGAAAUGAAAGUUUCUCGCCGGAACCUCGAGCAGGAAAAGGCUGGAGAAGCGGAAAUAAACCGUCGUGCUUCAUACAACACCAGCUGCUGUGGUUGAAAUAGAGACGAGCUGCAGUUAUGGGUGGAAUAUAAUGAUAAUGUGAAACAGCACGAGGAUGUGGGUCACCCCCGAAGAAGUUGUGCUGAAAAAUGCGCUCAAGCUUUGGGUCACUGACAGAUCCAACGAUUAUUUCCUCCUGCAGCACCGGAGAGGACACGGAGAGACCGGAGGAAAAAUCACAGGUUUGCUGGUUGGAGCUUUGGACACCGUGCUGGACUCAAAUGCACGUGUGGCUCCGUUCCGGCUUGUUCUGCAUGUGCCGGGAUGUCAGGUCAGCUGGGUCAUAGCUAGUGGAGUCACUCUAGAGGAGGUGCAGAAACACUGGAAAUGGCUGGAUCAAAACAUACUGCCGUACAUGGCCGUGUUUGAGAAUAAAGAAGACGCUGCCAGUUUUGUACAGGGCAAAGUGAAGGGUUUAAUCGCAGAAGAGGUUUUGGGUGGCCAGGCCGCUGGGGAAGAUGAUCCAGCCCGGUUUCGUGAGGAUCUUGCUCGUUUCGAGCAGCGUUUCGGUCUGCCUCAGAGAGAGAAGCUGGUGACGCAUUACUCGUGCUGCUGCUGGAAAGGUCGUGUGCCACGUCAGGGCUCGCUGUAUCUCACCACCAAUCACAUUGCAUUUUAUUCCUUCCUGCUGGGUAAAGAAGUGAAGCUGUUGGUUCCCUGGGCAGAUGUGACGCGUCUAGAACGUGUAUCUGUCGGCCUACUGACGGAUGUGAUCCGUGUUUACACUCGACGGAGACAGAGGGAUUUCUCCAUGUUUUUGAAUGUAGAUGAGGUCAUGAACAUCAUGUGUCAGCUGGCUGAUAUCGCUCUACGCAGACUGCUCGACAGCGGUGGUCUCACGCUCGACCAAUCACUGCAGGACUCUGCAAACAUUACCAAGAGGUUGUUGGAGGAAGAGGCUCUCAGGCAGUAUGUGCUUUCUCUAUUCGGCUUACCGCGGUCUGAGCGUCUACAGGAAGUGAUGUCGUGCUCAAUUUGGACUGCUCAUGCCCGCUGCCACACACCGGGUACCCUGUAUGCCACAGAUGGUUAUUUGUGCUUCAGCAGUCGUGAGGAGGGACAAUGUAAACUCAUUAUACCACUUAAAGAGAUGCUUUCCAUUGAGAAGGCCGACAGCACCAGCGUCCUGCCCAACCCUGUGAUCAUCAGCUUAAGGUGUAAACGUGCCUUUCAGCUCAUAGACCUAUCACAGCGAGAUGAGUUAGUGGAGAAGCUGCGCGAGAGACUGCGUGAUCUGCACUGGAAACAAGCCAUGAUCCACGGACACGAGCAGCGCAAGAAAUCCACGAUAUCCAGCACACCAUACUAUACUUUCUGCUAUGACACCGUCCAAUCAGAUGAUGAGGACAGCAGUGUUAUUUCUGAUAAAGCGCUGCGUCACAUGGUCCUCGCUGACACAUUCCACCCCAGCCAAUCAGAUUCUCCUGACGAGACACGUAACACUGAGCGUGUGAAGGAGCGUUUAUGGGAAGAUCAUUUUACCGAGUUUGGUCGAGGUGUUCACAUGUUUCACACUGAUAAAAUCCACAAACUGGUGGUGCUGGGCAUCCCGGAGUCUCUGCGUGGAGAACUGUGGCUCAGUUUCUCAGAUGCGUGUUCAUCACUGGCUGCCCAUCAGAACUACUACACAAACCUGCUGGAGAAGUCCAGGGGUCAGACGAGCAUCGCCACAGAGGAGAUCGAGCGGGAUCUUCAUCGCUCGCUGCCCGAGCAUCCGGCCUUUCAGAACGACACGGGAAUAUCGGCGCUCCGCAGAGUUCUUACGGCUUACGCUUACAGAAAUCCCACCAUCGGCUACUGUCAGUCCAUGAACAUAUUAGCAUCUGUGAUGUUGUUGUACACUAAAGAAGAGGAAGCUUUCUGGCUGCUGGCUACAGUCUGUGAGAGGAUGUUACCAGACUACUUCAAUCGCAGAGUCAUCGGUGCACAGGUGGAUCAGUCAGUGUUUGAAGAAUUAAUUCGUGAGCGUUUACCGGAUCUAGCCGAACACAUUCCUGACCUUUCCCCGCUGGCGUCCGUCUCUCUCACGUGGUUCCUCACGCUGUUCCUGAGCGUUCUUUCGUUCCGCAGCGCUCUCUGUGUCCUCGACUGCUUCUUCUAUCACGGCAUCAGGUCCAUCUUUCAGAUUGGAUUGGCAGUCCUGGAGGCAAACGCUGCUGAGUUGUGUGCCUGCACAGAUGAUGGUCAAGCUCUCAUGAUACUGAGCAGUUUUCUGGAUCAGGUGACACAUGAGGAUGAGACGCACAUGUGUGCUGAUGCCAGAGAUACUCAACAUGUCAACAUCACAACACUGAUCGCUGAUGCACACGAGAAGUUUGGCUCUCUUACGGUGAAGCACGUGGAGAUGUUGAGAUGUAGACAUCGUAUUCAGGUUCUUCAAGCUCAUGAAGAUACCACCAAAGACAACGUUCUGCGGUUGGUCAAUCCAGAUGUGUCCAUCUCACAGGAACACCUGUCUGACCUCUAUGAUCUCUUCAAAACGGAGCAUUUCAUUAAUCUGUAUUGGGGUGAUGGUGCUGGAUGUUCUUCGGUCUCUGUCAGCAGCUCUACUGAUCGUUACUUUGUGGACCGAGCUCAGUUUAAGAGUCUGUACGAGCUCCUGACCCCGUGGCUCUGUGGGACACACACAGAUACUGUCGCUCAACGCACUUUCACACUUUUAGAUCAAGACCAAGAUAACCAAAUAAACUUCUCUGAGUUCACACGGUGGAUAGAUAUUGUGUACUGUGAGGAGCUGAAUGAGAAGAUCAGACUUCUGUAUCGACUGCACAUUCCACCAGCCAUGACAGAUCAUGAAGACGACUCGUCUCCACUGAAGAGUCCGAUACUGUCCACCUCCAGACCUUUAUAUGUCAAUCUGCCCAAUGGUGAGAGGAGGAGUUAUGAAGAACAACUUCAGCAGAUGCUUCAAGACCUGAGCACUGGAAAGAAGAAAGAUGAGAAGAUUCUUCCUUACAUGAACCAGCGCGAGUUCAUCCAGUUUUGCAAGACGUUCUACAGCAUGUUUCAGGGUGAUCCCGAUGAAGCCGAACUCUUCCAGGCUAUCGGGAUGGUCGCGAGUCUCGUGCUGCAGAUCGGAGAGGCACGGCACCGACGCCACUCGUCUUCAGGCCAGGAGGAGGAACGCGCUCCCUCUACUGUGAUUAGUGGAGAGAGUGCUGAUGUCUCUCAGGUGGAAGAUGAUUGGUCGGUGAGUUUUGAACAGAUUCUGGCUUCGCUGCUGACCGAGCAGGUGCUGGUGAACUUCUUAGACCGGCCUGUAGACCUGAGUGCAAAAAUUGGGUGCGCAAAGAUGCGUCAGUAUCAGGAGCGUGCGGGACUGCUCAUGAUCAGCUGAACGGGAGCCGUGUCAAACUAAUGAGAUCAAAAUCAUGGUGCUGAAGACGACAGUGCCUUGAUCCUAAUACAGGACCACACAGAAGAGCACCAAAUACUGACACAAUCUGAGGAUUCUGGGAUGAGCUGGACUCUCCAUAAAUGAUGAGAGAUUGAAAGGUUUAUAUGUAGGAGGCCUCAGUGUAGACCAAAUCAACUUAAAGACUGAAGUUUUAUUCAUUUUCUCCAUUAAUUUAAUCGUUGAUGCUGUUGUUUUCAUUAUUGAUGAUCAACAUUAUUAUUUGAACAGUAUUUAAGCUGUAUGUGUUGCUUUAAAUCAGUAUUCAAAGAUUGAAGUCUUAUUCAGCUCAUCUGUAGUUGUGUUCUCAACAGUCCGGUCCAAAUCAAAUCAUAUUUUUGGAAAUGUAUUUCAGUAUUUUGAGCGAUGAUUUACAAUGUAAAGUUUACAGUUUUAAUUGACAUGUUAGAUGAUUGAAGAGAGAUUGAUAGAUUUUAUGUUAAAUGAAUGGUCACAUGUUCUGGCAAGAGCUCACAAAAACAACAUGGCUCUCAUCAGACACCGUGCCUUACAUCACAUGGCUUAAUGUUUGUGUUCACUUUUCCAACAACAUACACAUGAAGUCUUAAUCAUCACUGACUAUCAAUGAAAUACUGUCUGGCCAAACA